UUGAAAUCGUUCAUGAAACCUGGUUGAAAAAUGCAACGGUCAAGAUCGAGGAGGAGAAAGAGCAAAAAGAAGAAGGUGAAGAAGAAAUGUGUCGACGAGAGGGAGACCCUCUCCUACGAGCAGGAGAUCGUCGACCUCAACAGACAGCUGGCACGUUUGAGGAGUCGAAAUGAGGAACUGGAGCUGGAUGCCGAAGCUACGAAAGGGAAAUUUCAAAAAUUGGAAGAGGACCGCGCAGAUAUAAUCGCCUAUUUGAAAAGGACUUUGGAAGAGAAGAUCGAGGAGUCCAGAGAACUUUCCGAGAGGCUCACUGCCUUGGAAGAAUUACGGAAAGAGGAGCUGGCAGCUUAUAAAAAGAAAGAGGAAGCGAUGGACCAAGAGUAUCGCACGAUGGAGAACAAUCUCAGCGCUGAAGUUAAACUAGCCGCUGGAAAAUUGAAUGCGUUGGAGGAUUGGCGAUUAGCGCGACUGGAUUUAAUACAGAAAUUUGAGAACCAGGAACAGGAAAUGGCUGAACAAGAGAAACGGCACAAAGAACAGCUCUACGAAGCCGAGAAAUCUGUAGUAGUUGGAAAAGCGAUGUUGCAAAAGGAGAUGAAGGAACAUUUGCAGAUAUUAUCAGAAAGGCUCCUCACAGCGAUCACUUUAAGAAUAACCGACGUGAUGAACCGUACGAUUCGCGAGAACGUCGCGCUGAAUCGUGAUCUCGAUAAAUUAAUGAAGAACAACAGAGAAUUAGAAACGGUGAACGUUGAGCGUAAGAAGACUGAACAGACGUUGAGGUUGAAGUGCGAGUUAUUCGAAACCGAGACGGAGAUCGUGUUAAAAAAAACGUUGAAGCAACGAAACGCUAUCCACCAAAUCGUUGAAGAAUUCCAACUGUUGUUAGCGCGUUACACAGAUGUGGAGAGAUCCAACACCCGUUUAAGUACAAUGCAAGCAAUUUUGGAAGAUAUAAUCAAACGAAAAGAUGAAAUACUGAACGUAGACUUGAAGGAGUGCGAGAAGAACGUCGUUAAAGCCAGAGAAGAAAAUAAACGAUUGCUAGAGACGAUACAUGAACAAGAGGGAAAAAUGGAAACGUUGAAGGAUAUUUUAAAUAGAGCUAGCAGUUUUCUGAACGAGGCUUUGCAAGUAGCGGAAGAGGCUUAUAGUAAGAAUCAAUGCCUCGGUUGCAUGGGGCCGAGUAUGCUCCAGACGCUUUUGGAGAUACUAGAAACCGAAGACAUCGUCAAUGCCGUUGAUUACACCGCAUCAGAACUCGACGACAUUGAUUGCAAAUACGCUAUGGGAUGUUUGGGUCUUAUUCAACCUGUGAAAGAGAAGAAAAUUAAGAAGAAGAUGGAGGAAGAGAAAGAGGAGGAAAUUGUUCAGGAAGAAGAGUCAGUACAGAGCUUUGAGAAAGUACCAUCGUGCUUGUUGAGUGACAUCAGUUCAAGCGUUGAGUCUCCAAAAGAACUGGAAAACGAAUUGCAAGAUGAAUUAGAAGAAUCUCAAACAGGAAGUGCAGUGCAACUAUGAAGC